GUCCGACGACGCGGAAAGGAGCGCCGCACUCGCACCCGCACCCGCACUCGCACUCGCACCCGACUGGUGGCGGCAGCCGCAGCAGCAGCAGCAGCAGCAGCAGCAGCCGAGGCCAGAGGACCGGAGGCGGCGGCGGCCCGCGCCUUCCCCGCUCGCUCGCCCGCCCGCUCGCCCCGUCCGCUCCAGUCGAGCGCAGUGCGCCCCGUCGAGGCAGCGCGACGCUCCAUGGCGCGCCCCGCGCUCCAGCUGCUGCCGAAGCCCCGCCGGCUCUUCUCGCUCCUGGCUCUCGCCGCCGUCGCCCUGUCGCUCGACGGGCGCGCCGCCAGCGCGGCGCCCUUGCAGGGCAGCGGCACCCCGAUGGCCAAGAUCUACCCGCGCGGCAGCCACUGGGCAGUCGGUCACUUCAUGGGGAAAAAGAGCACUGGAGAGUUUCCGUACGUAUAUGAAGAACAAAAUGCGCCUCCUUUGUCCUCAGUACUUGAUGAGGACGAGCUGCUGGGAGACUCUUUGCACUGGAGAGAGAUGUUCAAGCAGUUCCUCCGGCUCCUAGAGGGGAAUGAAAGCCAAAACGCCCACAUCCUCAGGGAAGACGUGCCAUUUUCCACCAAGGGCGCUUGGGAGGCAGAGGAUAAGAAGAGCUUCAAAGACAUGAUGGAUUCUUUGCUGCAAGUGAUGGAUAGAAAAGAAACUACUCCAAGCUGAAGUGACUUUGACCCAACACCAAAGGCAUAGAAUAAUAUCUUUAAGAGACUAUGACUUUUCAUAAACAUUUUAUUGUAUAUGAUAACAGAUAAAUUAUCUUUUGUGUUAAAAACAAUUUUCCUUUGGUGUAAAAUAACCUGUGCACUUGUACGCCUAACAGUGACUGCAUUCUUUAGCGGCUUUUUCCUUUCAAACCGCAUUUUUUCUUGUUUGUACUGCUUUGUUGUACAUAAUUGUCGAUGAAGGGUCUUCCAAUUCUCUGAUGGUACUUUGCCAGUUCUCUCUCAGAUCACUUCAUCUUUUACAACCAUCCAACAUCUCAACAUUCACAAUAAAUAAGUAUAUAUUACACACAC